AAUUUUUACAAUUUGUAUAGUGCCUUGCGUUUCAGUUCAAAAUCUUAGCAGAUAAAAUUAUAAAAAUUUUAAAAUCAGCGGCCUCCAAUUCGAAGAACCGAUCUUUCGAUUUCCACGGCAUCAAAAGAACAAAUAAAUUACUGGUUGAUUUUUAAGUUUUGCUAAAAUGGCAAAUUAUAGGAAGGAUCAAAACCGUUUCAGCUGUCCGGACAGCCAAACAUGCAGUCGAAAACGUUCAAUCUACAGCAAUAACAAAAUCGGAGCGAACUACAGUAAUUAUAUGGAACAUGAUAAUUGCGAGAACUAUUCAAAUUUGCUAGAGUCAAAGAAUUGUGGUGUUCCCAAAAGUCAAGUGAACCGAUCCAAUGUGGUAUGUAAUGGGAAUAAAAUUCAGAACCGUACCAAAAUUGAAGUGGAUUCGAUUGGUUCUGCCGUGGGCCUAACCUGUUCCACAACACCAACUGUAAGACGCUGCAAAUGCCCCGGAAAGGAGUCACAUGAUCGAACAUUCGCCCAGGAUUUUGCCACAUAUCUUAAGGCCUUUGCUCUGAUCUAUGUGCUGCCCGAGGAGGAAUGGACGACCGAGAAUAUUGACAAGUUGCUGCUAGAGGGCGAGCAGUUAUUUCAAAUCUGUUCCGAGGAUGAUCAUGCCGAUGGACCGCUGUAUCAGAGCAACAUUUAUACCAACAUUGAGGAGCGCGUCAAGCGCAAAUUUAAACUGGAAGGACACAGCUUCACAGUGGAGCUGAAGCCGCCAUACUUGGGUGAAGAGAAGAUACCAAUGGAACAACGUCCGCCACACAUUAUUAGGAAUCUCAAGACCAUUCUCCAAGCAUUUUUCCUUACUGCUCAUUACUGUCUGCUGCUCUAUAAGGCGGGUUAUCUUCUGAUCUGGCGACGACGCAAGGUUUUCUUUGUAAUGGAUGUCAAGGGUCGUCGUCCCGAAGAUUUCGUUAGCACCAAGAAUGGAGUUGCCAUGUUGAUUUGUCUCCAAAAUAUAAACAAUGUUGUCCAUCUGAUCAGCAAUCUGAGUGGUGUCACUCCAAACGAUAAGUUCUCUGUACGAGAACUAGCUGUCGUCCGUUUGGUUACUCCCGAUGGACGCGUAUUUCUGCGGGAAUCCAGUUCACCGUCCGUCGAAUACAAGGUCAUCAAUCAGAACUAUGCCUACCUCACCAGCCAUUUACAUCUUUCCCUUAAUCCUGGCGCAAACCUGCGUAAUCGUAGCAGUUUAGCUGUGGGCGUGGCUGCCAUAUUGGCCUCCAAGAUUGAUCAUCCAGCCUCAUGGACAACAUGCAUGUUUGAUCGUCUCAUCUGCUAUGGUGUUGAGUUUUGUCGUAGUUGCUGGUCUGAAAAUAUGAAGGACCGCUUGUCCCAGGAUCUAAGCAACUUUCCCACUCAGCUGCGUUUGGGACAGUUUGCCGUGGAGAUGAAACUAAUCCCAAAAGUGUGCACUGGACAAUGGCAAUCUUCUGGAAUAUGUUCCAAGAAUAACAAAUUACAAAAUGAGUUACGCCAGACCCUGGAGUCCUACGGAAAUGCAUUAAUUCAGAUUAACAGUCAGGUAUAUGCAAUAUGGGUUAAGGAUAACUUUUACUAUUUGCUCGAUCCGUAUCGACACACGGUGGCGACUCCUCAGAAGAGGGAGAAUGGGACUCUGAGCUCCAAAUGGGCUACGGUGCGCAUGUUUCGAGACAUUCUUACCAUGCUCAACGUGUUUCAUCAGCUGCUCAAGGAGUCCAAUCGUCAGUCCACCUUCACACUUCAUGUCGUGCACAUCAAGAAUAUAGUCGAGUGUCCUCAGGGAUAUUCCCUAAAGCCAUUGCCAGAAGAUGCGAUUUACGAUGUAAUUUCUCUCAACCAAUCAAUUGAGUUUCCCGAACAACUUAGCAGCUGUAAAAAGCUCCUGUACGACAUCAGUGACUAUGAACCGGAUGUGCCCACUGAGACGGAGGAAGAAUUGUUAAUUGCCAACAAAUUUAAACUGGUUAGCGAUGGUGAUAAGGAUGAAAAGAAUACUGAAGAAGUUGAUCUUUUGGAAACUGCAAAUAAAUCAGCCAAUAUUCUAAAGAAUUUAAGUCGGUCUACCUCUCCAAGGGGCAAGCAAUUAGGUCAAAUUAUGAAACCAGUUGCUGGGCAUCCUCAAGAACCCAAGAAUCAAACAAUCUCCAUGUCAACUCGGAAAAAGGGCGUGUGGCCCGCAAAGGCAACUGGCAAUCUGAGUGCUCUCCGAAUGGCUACUAGUGGGACAAGCGAUGUGGAUCAGAUGGAGAUCAGAGAUAGAAUUGAUGCUUCAAAGGAGCCCAAAAGUAAUUCAAUUCUACUUUUAACUUGUUGUGACAAGGAUCAUAAGAACCAAAUCAAGCCCAAAUCAGUUAAAAAGAAAUGUAAAACCAACGAAUCCCAGACGAGUUUUGAAUCCGCUAGACUACCGUCCGAUAUGAAUAGCAUUAACUAUCCCAUAUAUUCCAAGUGUCCACACAUUUUGGCCAUCGCUGGCUCCGAGAGCGGCACCAUUGAGAGCUUGAAACGUUUGUUGGAUUACGCAUUCAAAGUCAGCAAUCGUGUGCUCACCAUGACGCCUUGGGGCAACUAUGUGGUCUUUAAGCAUGCCACUCUAUGUGGCGAUUCCUAUUUGUUUUAUUUGUUCGACGGUUGCACUUGUGACAUUGAUCGCUUCCGGCAUUUGGAUCUUAACUUUGGUACCGCCGGACUCUUACCCUUCAAGACAAAGAGUCAAGUGAUCUGUUAUAUGAUCGAUUCUCGGGAGACGCGAGCCUCUAAGCUCUUAAACACAAAUCUUGACGAUUCCCGUCGCCUAUUCGAGGAAUUUAUGGGACGUGGAGCAUAAGAUUAGGAAUUUUGCGAAUUUUUCUUUGUAUUAUUUGUAGUCCAAAUUUUCUGUAGGUCAAGGAUUCCUAGUAAACUCGUUUCCUCUAAAAGAUUGAUCCUACUUUAUCUUUUCUUUCUUGAUACUUCAAGAUUGCAAACGGAGCUUAAAAAGGACCCAUUACAAAUGAAAUUUAUUCAAAAAUUGGAAACCAUUAAAGAAAUUCUAUAUGUAAGAUAUUACUUUAUGUAGAUUGCACAAAAAAAUUGGGGAAUGUGAUUUUUAAGAUGAUUUUCGAUAUUUUAAGAAAUCUCUGAAACAAUAAAUAUGUAUAAGUGGUUGAAA